GUAUCAGAAACAGCUGUUCUAUUACUAAAAAUUCUAUAAAACAAGUGUACAUAAUAAAAAUAAUUAGAACGUAAAGAAAAGUGCGGGGUACAACAUCGGUGUUGUACCGACUGAGACUCGUUAAUAGCAUUAAAUGGCUCGUGAGUUAAUUAUUGUGAUCAUCACUUAUUAAUGCGGGUGUGAUGCGAGAGAAAUUUGCAAUUCUGAUGUUUUACCAAAUGAGCGAUAAUACACUCACGUGAUUUUAUAAUUGUUGACACAAAAUGUUACGGAUGUCGUUUUAACCGUAGUAGAUUUUGACAAGAAUUUUAUGCCGUAGUGAAUAAAUUCACGAUUAAAGCAUGGAUGUGAUGACUACUAGUUUGGAAGCUCUCAUACAAAGAGCUACAAAUCCUCAAAAUCAGAAACCAGAUAUAGCAGCAAUGGAAGCUUUCUGCGUGAUGCUCAAUCGUGUACAAGAACCCGAAAGUGUACAGAUAGGUACUAAGCUGUUAGCGACUCAUAUUCAGUCACUAAAUGAGUCGGAAGCAUUGCAAGCUCUCACGUUAUUAGACACUUGUAUGAAGAGAUGUGGUCCGUUGUUUCAUGCUGAGGUUGGCAAAUUUCGUUUUCUUAAUGAAAUGAUAAAAUUGGUCUCACCAAAAUAUUUAGGCAGUCGCACAUCAGCAAAUGUACGUCAGAAAGUUCUACAACUUCUUUAUUCGUGGAUCAGAGAAUAUCCUCGAGAAUCAAAAAUUAAGGAAGCCUAUGAGAUGCUAAAGAAACAAGGAGUUAUUGAGGAAGAUGCGGCAUUUAUAAUGGCCAACAGUGAUGAAAGUCAGAAAUCAUCGAAACUAAAGAAUAGUAUAUUUGAUGAUGAAGAGAUGUCAAAGCAUUUGCGUAAGUUACUUCAUAGCAAGGAUCCGUAUGAUCUACAGACUGCAAAUAGAUUAAUCAAAGUUAUGGUGAAAGAGGACGAAGCAAGAGUGCAGGUGAAUUCACGAAGAAGUAUGGAAUUAGAAUCAGUGCACAAUAAUACAAAGUUGCUGUCGGAAAUGCUGGAUUCUUAUAAUCAAAAUGAGACCAGCACAGAGGAUCUCGAAUUGAUGAAGGAGUUACAGCAAGCGUGUGAACGGCUAAAACCUAUUUUAUUGAGACUCGUCAACGAAACUCAGAGUUUCAAUGUUGAUAUGCUUGGCGAGGUGCUAGCUGCGAGCGACGAGUUGAAUCAAGUUUUGGAGAAGUACACAUCCGUUAUUGUCCUCGGACAACCUCCGAAAUCUCCUGCAACAGGAGACGAUCCUUCGAAGACGAUCUACAACAACGGAACAUCUCUUUUGGAUCUGUCGUCUCCCAAUGACAGUAUUCCUUGUGAGAGCACAACACAGAGUACAACGUCAACGGAUCACCGCUCGGAUAUGGACGUGCUGGGGGAUAUCUUUAGUGCACUAGAGAAACCAAUCAAAUCAGAUGCAAAUUUGUUGAUGCCAAAUGCUAUUAUGCAGCCGAUCACUAUCUCUCCCGUAAACAAGAAAAAUGAUGUUGCUAAUACUAGUGAGGAGAAGAUAGACAGCAAAGCGAAAGCAUUGGAAGAAUUGAAUGAAUUGGGAGAAACUUUGCUUAAACAAAGUUUAUCCGGCACAAAAUCGAGUGCACGGCCACAAGACAAAACAAAUAAUACGACAAAAGUUCAAGAUUCCAAUGACUCCGUUUGGAAACAAAAUUGGACUCGCAAUCCCAGUAAUACAUUACAACAUAUCGCAACAGAACAGGUAGAUACAAAAAAAUGUGACAAUUUCGACAUGUCGACAUCGUCGACAUUGUCGAAAACUAACGUGAUUACCGAUUCGUCGUGCAAUAAAAAUAUUAGUUCGAAAAUUGCGGAUACAAAAAAUCAACAAGAAGUAACGCAGGUGCGUAAUGACGCAUCGAAGAUACCAGAUGGUGAACCUGAAAUUAAACCACUGACCGAUAUCACUGUUAGUCUCGAAGACAUUAAACCAGGUGUAAAUCCACCUUUAACGGUAAUUGAAGAAAAAAAUGGUAUAACCGUGGUACUCCAUUUUGCUCAGGAUAGUCCUAGACCUGACGUAUCCGUGAUAGUAAUUACUACAAUGAGCAAAAAUACAAAGCCACUUAGUAAUUAUUUAUUUCAAGCAGUUGUGUCUAAAAAAUGCAAGUGCAAAUUACAAGCGCCAUCCGGAACGGAGUUGCCAGCACAUAAUCCAUUCCUUCCACCAUCCGCAAUCACGCAAAUUAUGCUGAUUGCGAAUCCUCUCAAGGAGCCUGUUUCUUUGAAAUUUAUGCUAAGUUACACAAUGGACGACGAAACGUUUACCGAGAUGGGUGAAGUGGAUAGAUUACCUCUUCUAUGAAAUCCAAUGCACUUCUGCUGUGACUUCAAUGCGUAUUGGUACUCGUGUCGUGUGUGUCUUCAGCAGAUCACAAGUAAUAUAAGAAUAUUCCAAGAAUACAUACCGUGCAAGGAAACAGUUGUUAGACAUUCUUUAUAUGUACUAUUUUAAGCUUAGAAUGCAUCAUCAGUUUGCAACAAUAUGUUUUGACAACAAUUAUCUUGUAAAAUUUUCACAAUUAUUUUAGGCUACGCACACACAGUUUUAUUUCUGGUUACCAGACUUCCAAAACGUUACUUCAUACGCCAAAUUGUCUCUACGUUACGAAGUCUACUGCAAACCAUUUUUAAAAUAUUUUUUAUACAUUUUAAAUAUCGUUAGGUGUUAAUACUAUGACCGUAUCGAUUUUAAUAUGAAUAAGACCUGUCACUGUGACAGACACAUGAAAUCUAUUGGGAAGAAAACUGCUUUGUUAAAAGUUUUACAAAGAUGUUUGUGAUAUUUAUUAUAUCACUAAAUGGUAAGAUAUAAUAUCGUACUUAUUCAUAUAUACAUAAAGUCAUCUUAAAAUUAUAAUAUUCACAUAGCUCUUAUAAUAGUAUAAUAAAUGUCACGAACACAAACAUCGGUUACAUAUAUAUGUGUGUGUGAAUCGUGCAUUCUAAGGUUAAUUUAGUAACUUAUGUACUAAAAUAAAAAGAAGUAAAUUAAUAUCUUUUAUCUAAUAAAAAUUUGACAAAACUUAGAGAAAGAAGAAAAAAGAAAAGGAAUAUACAAGAUCUUCAAGUUUAUUUAGGCGAAUGUAAACAAUUUAGUACUAUUUUUUUUUAUGUUGACCAAUUAUGUCACUGUUUCGAUGUUUAUCGGUAUAAUACUUAAGAGUCUAUCGUACAUACAUAGUUGCUUUGUGAUAUAUGCUUUAAAUAAGUGUAAACUUAUUUUAAGACUGCAAGUUUAUUAAACCAAAUGUAUCAAAAUAAAUGAGAGAGGAGAAGAAACAGAAGAUAUUGCCGCACCUGUAUAUGAAGCACAAAACUUUGCAAAUGUACUUCACAAUAUCUUAGUUUUUACUAACAAAACCAAGUAUUAAAUUAUCACAUUAAGUUUUGUA